AUGAAGUCGGGACUCUUCGCCCUCGUCGCCGCCCUCGCGGCUGAGCAGGUCGCUGGCCACGCCCUCUUCCAACAACUCUGGUGUGCCCGCGUCCCCAUGUCCAACACCCCCGUCACCAACGUCAACGGCCCCGACAUCCGCUGCAACGCCGGCGGCGCCCGGGGCGUAGGCGCCAAAUGCCCCGUCAAAGCCGGCGGCACCGUGACCGUCGAGAUGCACCAGCAACCGGGCGACCGGUCCUGCGGCUCCGAAGCCAUCGGCGGCGCCCACUACGGCCCCGUCAUGGUGUACCUAUCCAAGGUGGACAACGCGCAGACGGCCGACGGGUCGGCCGAGUUCUUCAAGAUUUUCCAAAACAGCUGGAAGGCGGCGGGCGGCGUGGGCGACGGCGAUAACUGGGGUGUUAAAGAUAUGAACGCGUGCUGUGGGAAGGUCGACGUGCCUAUUCCGCAGGAUAUCCCCGAUGGCGAUUAUUUGCUGCGCGCGGAGGUUGUGGCGCUGCAUGCUAUGCCGGCACAGCUUUAUAUGACGUGUUAUCAACUUACCAUCGAGGGCGGUACCGGGACCACCGUUCCAGCGGGCGUCAAGUUCCCGGGGGCGUAUAGCGCUUCGGAUCCGGGGUUGACUGCUAAUAUUCAUGCGGCGCUGAGCACGUACAAGGCGCCUGGUCCCGCUGUUGUUCCCAGUGGUCUCGAGGUCACCGCUGGAUCGGGUUGCUCGGCGGGUUGUCAGAAGACUUGCGUUGCUGGGAAGUCUCCGGCUGUGCAGCUGGAGACUUCGGCCCCGCCAGCUGCUGCGGCGGGUGGUGCUGCUGGUGGCGCGGCUGGUAGUUGUACGGUCUCGAAGUAUCAGCAGUGUGGUGGACAGGGAUAUACGGGCUGCACGAACUGCGAGAGCGGAUCUAGGUGUGAUACCACGAACCAAUACUACCAACAGUGUGUUUAG